UCCAUCGAGAAAAGAUAAAAGCUCUCGAAACUGAGAAAACUUAAUGUUACACCAGCUUGGCUUUGUUUUACAGAGAUAGCUACUCUGCUAAAACCAAUUUGCUUUCCGCGACUGUAUCACCCUCUACUUAACCAACUAACAACAGCUUUGUAUUUGGCAGAAGACUAAGUAUUAUCAGAAUUCAAUCACAAUGGGUAAAUCAAAGAAAAUGCCAGGUCUUAACUCAAACAUGGAGCCUCUUGGUUUUCACGCCAAAAAUUCAUCUUAUGGCUCUAGCUCAGUCAGACAAGAGCAGGAUAGCGAGUACCAUCCUCACUCUCGGUCACCUUCAAGAAGCCGUCAAACUUUUCCUCACGUCAGCUCUACCACCAAAAGCCCUAGUAGCCACUAUCAACGACAUUCUAGAGGCCCUCAGUUUUCGAGUCACUAUCGACUACGCUCCCGAAGUCCCAACUAUUCCCGCGCCGCUCAUGUCCGUUCCCGAAGUCCACACAGCUUCCGUUACUCCCAACGCUUUGGCUCAUAUCAAGAGCUCUCAAGCUCCAGUUUCUAUACGUAUCAAUCUUCUCAUCAUAAAGGUUUUACUAGUGAUAGGGAUGUCUCAAAUAGCUCUUAUUACAGGCCAUCUUAUGCCUUCCGAGACACACGCAUACCGUCCAAGUCCAACGGCCAACUUCUUUCUUUUGUAUCGACUUACAAUCUUGGGGAGUCUCUAGAUACCGAGGAGGUACGUUUUUACGCGUCCCAGUAUAUAAGCCAUUGAUAGUUCCUGCUUCUAAUUUUCAAAGACAAUAGUUAAGGAGUCUUGGGCUGAACUUGCUAGUUGCAAGCACAAGGAAUUCAUAGAUCCUUCUCUUAACUCUACUAAUUCAUCAAGUCCCAUGGAACAAUCAUGGGUGGAGAUUGCCAGUCGCAAGCAUAAAGAGUUGAUGGCAAUUGCAGCAGCUAACAUAACCACUUCCAUUCAAACUCCACUCGCCGGCUCCCUAGAAGGAUCGCAACCUUUGGAUCAAUCAGCAGCUUCUGAACGACAAAGAUCGACGGUGAACACUGCUUACGUUGAUUCUGUUAGAGAUGCAAGAUACUCGUUCGAUGAGAGAACAAAGCCAAGACAAGCGGAAGGUUCAGAUAUUCAACGCCAAAUAUCUUCCCUUUUAUAUCCUCGCAAACCAAAAACUCGACCUCCAUCAUCAGUCAAAACCAAGGUAGGUACAGAAACGAAUGUCAAGAGAGAAGACAUUGGCCCUUUCACUUUAUUUGAAUUAUCUGCCAAGCAUCCAAGAAGUUCUUCAAUAGAGUCCAUGUCGGUGCCGGUGCAAGAAAUACACCCCCAAAACGACUUUCUUAUGUCUGAAGCAAACCAAAUCAUGCAUCCAUCGAGGCGAAUCCUUCUCAAUACUUCCCCUCCGCCAAUCCAAUCAUCAGAAAACUUAUAUAUACAGGCUGACUCCCCGGUUAUAAUUUCACCUCCAAAAAUUAAAAUUAACACAGAGACUCUCCAAACGAAGAUUCAAGAGCUUCGUCGCGCUUCUUUCGCAAGUGAGUCACUAGCUUCUACCGCGUGAUUCCUACUCCACAACUAAUACCAAGCCUUGGUAUAGGCAAAAGACCUAGACCGAUUCCAAGCAUCAUGGACGAGUCAUUUUUGACUAAUGGCCCCUUCCAAUCAGACCCCUAUGUAAGCAUAUACUCAAGUGGACAAAGAUAAGAUGGACAGAUAGGCUAAUAACACAUUUUGAGAGGUAGGCUAACGAGCCAGUGAUCCCAACUCAUUGGCAAGAUUAAAUCAUCUGCUAGGCAAUCCUGAUCAAACCUUCUGUUAUUUCCUUCGCAUAAUAUGCAGACCCAGCUCAAGUAUGGGCUUCAGUUUCCUUCAAUUUCACAUAAUUGCCGGUUGUUAUUUAAGGGGAGUCGGUGUCUUCAGCGAAUUCGAAGGACGAUGGGAUGUUAGGACGGAUGU